CAUGAUAAUAUUAAUUUUAUUUUUUGAUUUUAGCAAUCAUUGAAACUGAGAGAACAACGAAAAUCAAAACUGGAUACGUACUUCAAGAUGCUAGAAGAAAUUGAACAUUGGAUGGCUACCACAUCUAUACUUCUAAUGGAUUUUGACACCAGUCCAGAAAAGAGCAAUCUUGAGGAAAUUUUACAGCACAACCAAAGAUUGCUGACGGACUUGAGAGAGAAAGAAAAUCAGUCCAAGUCAAUAUAUGAGAUGACAGAAAACUAUCUUCAGUAUAAUGACACUCGCGAUAAAGCUGAACCUCUGAGAAAUAGUUUUUCAAAUAUUAUUAGGAUUAUUCGUGAAAAAGCUCUAAUAUUAGAGGACAAUAUUCAACGCAUCAAUCAUUUCAUCGAACCAAGUGCCGUAGGCAAGGUGGAUAAUGAAAUGCAAACCAGUCCAUUAGUCUCAAUGGACUGCACAGAUAACAUUCCAGCAAAACAUCAAGAAGCUUCCUCACAAGCCAACCUUGAAAGAUCCACAGACAACAUUAUUAUUAUCCAAUCAAUAUCAGAAGGCGAAGAAACUGUUCAAAUUUCAAAUGUUCGCAAUAUAUCGUCAAAUGAAUCUGAUAACGACAUUAUUGUGGAGGCCAAAUACACGCCACUCAAAUUUGGUGAAUCAAACAAACUGUCAGAGAUCACAUUACAAAAUAUUCCUACUUCUACCUUUGAAACAACAUUCGUGGAGCCUGAUGACAGUACAACGGAAAUCAAAGUGAGUAAGGAUGGAUCGAGGAAAAUAACACUAAAGAAAGUUUUCCAACCUAUCGAAUCUAUUGAAUCUUCGGAUGCGGCUAAAACAUUAGUAACUACUACAAUCCAACCCGAAAGCAGUGUACUGAUUAUGUCAGACAAUAAAACUACAGAUGAACAAACAUUCGAUAAUUCAGAACCACAGAAAGUAGUUGGAAGUAUAUUGGAAGAUAUCCAAUGCAAAGUAAUGGAUGUCAUGGAACAGAGUGAAGGAGUGUCAUCGGAAGAAAAACAAGACUCCCAGGUAUUAGAAUCGGUUGCACAAAAAGUAGAUUUGAUUGCUUCUAUCGUUGAUUCACCAAAUAGUAAUAUUGAAAGCACGCAGCGUAUAUAUGAUAUUGACACAAAACUCACUGAGCCUAAAUAUUCCCCUACAACAGAACUACCCAAAGAAUUAAUCACGGGAAUAGACGAUGUGUGGCCUCAGCUUGAAGAACCACCAGCAAGCGUUUCCGUUACCACAGUUAAAACAUUGUCGACCGUUACACUAAAAGCUGCUUUAUCAGAUUCAGAUAUUAUCCCUGAUAUCUGGCCCAGUAACAUGAAUACAGGAUCAGAGUAUAAUACACCAGUAUUACCCUUCAUUAAAACUACGGAGGAAACAAAAUCACAACAUGUGUCAGAUGAUGAACAGAGUAAUACUUUAAUUUUGCCUGAAAACCUUCAGAGUUCUGAAACUGACACAAAUAAAAUUGAAGAUUCAAGUUGCCUACCGCUGCAUUUAGGAGACACAGCGAAUGAGGAAGUGAUAAGCGGAGAUGCCAUUUCAACGCCAAAGACGCCACAUGUUGAGUUGUCAAUAGAAAAAUCACCGAUUGAACCAAAUCUCUGCCAACAAUCCCUUGAUUUGCCAGCAAAUCAAGUUGAUUUGCGUAAGAGCGAAAUUAAUUAUGAUGAGGCAAAUGAACCCGAAAGGAGCAGCUUUAAUCAAGACGUUGAACAAGCAAUAACAAACUUACAAGAAUGCUCCAUUGGACAUCCCGAUAUGGAAGAAACUCAUGACAAUAGUGAAAUUACAAAAGAUGAACGUGAAAAUCAGCUUCAAGUUCAUGUAUCAUCAUUGAAAGAUGAUCAAAGUGCUAUUAUAUUGAGCAUGAAUAUGCCUUACGUUCCCGACAAAAGUAUCAAAGUUAGUCUUGUAGAAUUGGACGCAACGAGUAAGAACAUACUUCCAGUGACUGAAGAACCGAUUGCAGUGGAAAAGAUUCCUGGUCUCAGUGAUAUCGACAUCGAUAAAGGUUAUGAAGCGGACAAAACUGCCAUGGAAGGAGAAUCUGAAAAUGAUGAUGCUAGUAAGAAAAGAAAACGAAAGAAGAAAAAGGGCAAGCAAGAUGCAGAUAAGGAUCAGAAAUCGGAUGUACCAUCUGAAAUUCCAAAGGACGAUGCAGAAAAAAGUGAUUUAAAACAGGAUAUUGAUCAAAUUAGAAUAGAUCCUACUGAAGUCAUUGAAGGAUAUCCAGAUGAACUGACAGCGCCAUUGCAAUGUCAAAUUGUUCUCCCGACUGAAGUAAUUGAAGCUACCUACGUAGAAGACGUUCAUCAGCAAACAUCACCUGUGCGUAAAGAUUCAUUUGAAGAUGACGCUGACCGUGAAAUUGCUCUUAUCACGUCAGAUAAUUUAUUGGUACCACUCGACUUUGAACAAAAAUCGAUACAGACAUCACCAGAAAACGAGACAGUUAAAUUGUCGAAACAAACAUCGCCAAUCAUAUCUCAAUCGGUAUAUGUUGAUUGUAAAGAAGUUCAAACUGAGAUUCAUGCUUUAGAAAGCGAAUCCCAAACAGUACCUAUUGAAAGUAAGGAACAAAAAGAACAAGAUGUACAAACUGAGCCAACUGUGGCUGAAACAAUUGAGGUAGAUGAAUCGAAACCGGAAGCAUGUAAUGUUGCAAAUCAAACAACAAUUGUUACUACAACAGAAACAGAAAUGCAAACAACGGAAGAUUUCAACCAAUUGGUAGAACCAAUAUUAGCCAAAAUAAUUGAUUCAACUGUUGAAUUGGGAAUAGGUACCUCUCGCCAAUCUGUUCAAACAAGUCCGGUAAGGUUCAUCGAAUCUUCCAUUGAUAGUGCACCUCCUUCGGAUGCACAAAAUGAAUUUGUACAAACAACCAGUAUCGAUGUCGUUGACGUGCAAACAUCUACUGAAUCGACUUAUGCAGAUAAAGGAUCAUCUCCAGCGGUGCCGUAUGCAGUAUCAGAAAUUGAAAUUCAAACCAGUCCUGUUCAUGCUUUAACGGUAGAUGUUGAAACGUUUCAGAAAGAAUCUGCAGAACCAACAAUUGAUGAUCAUAGAGAAGAGACCACAUCUAUUCGAUUAGAAAAAACAGAUGCACAAGCUCAAACUGAAUCGACGGAAACCUCAAUUCAAGGUACACAAACAGCCGUAGUAGAUCAACCGACUACAUCUGAACCACAGAAAAAGAAAACAAAAUCAAAGAAGGGGAAGAAAUCGAACCUCAUUCCCAUUGAGCUUGAGGUGAAAACUGAGCUGAGUGUACCUGAAUGGGAAAAUAAUGUUGAACCUAUAACAAUAACAAAAACAUAUGUAGAUAGCAACAAAAUGGAUUCAACAAAUGCACUGAACGUUCAAAUUCAAGUGGAGUUUGAUCAUCCAAAGCAAAGUACUACAUAUAAACCGCUCACUGAUGAAAUCUUCGUAGAUAAUUUAUGGAAGAUAAGCCUCGUUGAUUAUUUCUCUAUAUUAAGAGCACAAACAAGUUUUGCUGAAGAGAAAAUAGUUCCAUGGAGUGAAAUGGCAACAAUGCUUUCAAAAAUAUGGUCAGAAUCGAGUAGCGGUACAAUACGUCACCCAGAUUUCUUCUACAAGCCGUUUACAUCUGAAGCGUACGAGGAUAGUUCGACUGAUGUCGAAAAAUGGCAAUCUUUGUUGAACCAAACUGAAAAUAAUUUGGAACUACAAAACCUAAUCUUGUUUGAUGAGCUUGAAAAAAUGAACAUUCAAGCAGAAGAAAUUUUAGUCGGCUUGACUAACACAGCUCAAUGGAAUGAUGCUGAGCGUUCACGUCAACAGCGCAUUGAUGGAGCCAAAUUACAUUGCAUUAUGGACAAACUAAACUGUUUAUCUAAAUAUACUACCGAGAAUAACAUAGAUUCGGAUCAGAACAUUACCGCGAGUAUAGAGCACACCAGAAGAGGUAUUGAACAGUUGAUCAAAUGCCUUGCAGCAGCAGAAGAUACGAAUCAGAGAAUUGCCGAAAAAGUUCACGAUGUAUCAACUAUACUACAACAAACUAAUAAUCGGUUGCAUGAUAUAGAUGAAAAAAUCAACAGUGCUGUGUUAGAUCAUUCUCUUGCAAUAAAUGAAAAAUUGUACGUUUUAGAAGAAAAUGAAAUGUACAAUAACGAAUGCUUGGACAAAUUAACAUCGAUAUUAGAAAAUAUAAGCAAUUCAAGAAGCGCUAUGGCGGAUACAAACAUUGAAGAAGACUUCAAGAAUGUUGAUCAUAUGGCAAGAAAAAUCCAACAAACAAUAACCAUAGAACGCAAUAAACUACUUCAACUGACUGGUCUUGCUGAGGAAUACGAGCAAACAUUAUUGGAGUUUGAAGAAAUUGCAUCUGCUGCCGCUGACUUCAUUGAUAACGAAAUUUCAACGAAUAGUUUGAAGGAACUGGAAGAGGAAAUGCAGCGAUAUCGAAAAUUCUUUGUCAAUUUAAGCCAUUGCAAGAUGAUACUAGAAUCAUUGGAGUCGAAUUUGGAUCCAAUCACCCGAACAAAACAUGCAGAUUUGCACUCCGCGCUUUACAAUAAAACAAGUAUCAUUCUGGAGCGGGCAGUUGACAGAGCGGCCCGGUUGGCGCAAGCAGCUUCCAAAUGGACAGUAUUAGAAAAAGAAAUGCGUGAUGAAACUCAAUGGCUACAAGUAGCACAACAACGAGUACCAGAUCUACAAAAUGUAUCAUCUGAAGAUUUCGAACAGUACAUAAAAUUGUAUGAAUCAUUGCAUCAAGACAUUCUAUGGCAUCAUUCAAAAAUGGUACAACAUAAUCAGAUUGCCAAGAUUAUGCAAGAAUGUAUAUGCGCACCGACUUUGGAAAAAGAGAGCAGCGAAUCUUUAACGGUCGUUACUGCAUUAAAAGAAGAAGUUUCAUUAUAUCUUAUCAAACUACAAAAAUUUAAAAACCAUUGGAAUCGAUAUAAUGCUGCAGCUGAUAAACUACACGAAUGGGUUUGCUACGCUCAAAAACAUUUGAGUUCAAUAACUCUCCCACAGAAUCUUGCGGAAACAUCAGUUGAAGAUAUGCGCAAAUUUUGGGAAGUAAAGGCUCAGUAUGAAGUCAUGAACAAGAAAGUGUAUGAAAUUUCAUGUAAUUCAUUGGAUAAUGCUCUGACUACUAUCAGCAUAGCUGAUGAAGAACUUCAACGUCAGCUACAUAAUCAACUGAUAGACAGCUGGACAACCGUAGCAACCAGAAUAAUUGACAUGCAGAAUCACGUUUAUAAUUCUAUAAAAACGUCGUCUACUACUUCAGCUGAUAAAAUAACAUUUAUUGAAAAUGAAUUACGAGAUAUCAAUUCAACUUUCAAAGAUUUGAAAGGUGUUCUCAAAUCAUCAGAAGAUCUAUGUCUCUAUCUAGAAAAAAUACACACAUUGAAAACGCGUGUUCAUUUAAUUGAUUCUGAGCUCGGUCAAAUUGCACUUGCAACUGACUUCAACGUUGAAAAAAUAACUGAACUCUUUGAAAUUUCAACUAAUGUCUCAAACCAAAUCAACGAAGAGCAUGAAGCUGCUGAAAACUUCUAUAAACGUUUGGAAAUCAUUGAAAAUGGUAUUAAGGCACAAGAGAAACACUUCAUAGACAUUACUAAAGUAUUGGAUGAAUGCAGCUCAAGAAUCAAUGGAAAGAAACCAGAUGUGGAAAAGUCAUUAGAUGAUUGUAAAAUAUGCCAAUCUGAAUUAAGUGAUUCCUGGAGUGAAUUGAUGAAACUGAGACAAAUGCUGCAUACAUUACCGAUGAAUUUGAAGGUGACGAUUUCUCCACAGCAAACCGAAAGAGAUCUAUCUAUUCUUCAGAAUAUCCAUAGUGAUCUUGAACGAAAAUGCGAAAGUAACAUGUCUCAGUUAAGAGAUCGGCUCGUUCUAUGGAAUAAAUUUCAUCGGCAGUUAGAGACCAUACAUAAUCAUAUACAAGAAACUGAAUUCAUGAUGGAUUUAAUCCAGCUGCACGAGACGGCAGACUACCAUCGUUUGUUGAAAGCUACCGAGCGACUUGAUGCACUUCUGGUUGAAAUCGAACACAAAAAACAUACAAUAGAUGAUUUACAAACCAUUACUAAACCACUAUUAGAAACAUCCGAACCGAGUGUUUCAAUAGAAAUUCAAGAAACAGUUGAACAAAUUACUGUACUUUGGCAAAACACCCAAGAAAACCUACAUGACCUUUGCCAGCGUUAUGAAAAAGCAGUAAAAUUAUGGGACCACUACAAUAAUAUAUGUGAAGGUGUGAAGGACUGCAUUUCACAAAACUGUACAACAUCAUGCGAGCAAAGAGAGGUCGAUGAUUUACAAAUGCUGAGACAAUGUCAAGAGACUGUAACUGAACGAAAGAGAGAUUUGAAUAAGCUCAAACAAUUUAUUGAAGACAUCAACAAACAGGUCGGUUUCAACAUAGGAGAUACUAUGCUGUCCGAGAUUGAUGAAUUUGCCAGAAGGAUGGAGGACAUUUCUGAAGAUUUAACAUUCCAAAUAAAUACAACAACUUGCAAAUAUGCAGAAAAAGCAGUAGCACAGACAACUUAUGCAUCAUCGAAUGCUAUGGUUAAGCGAAUUCAACAGGACUUGAAACUCCCAUUACCGGAUUCUCAACACGGUGACAUGAUUAUGGAUCUCGAGACAAAUUUGCUUAACCUGUCUGCUACGGAAGCCUGUUUGAAAAAUGUUGCCCCACAAAAACCUAAUACCAGUGAUGACGACUGCAUUUAUACAGAUUUCAAAAAUUUGCAUUCGCUUUCGUUUGCCUUACUGCAAGACACAUUGCAUCAACACCAACAUUUGUUACAACAAAUGGUUCUUCAAAAUGAUGUCCAUUAUAUGUUGAAAUAUUGGGAGAUCUUCUUACUUCAUACCGCAGCAUUUUUAGACCAUAAAAUUCCAAGUGAUUAUUCCGGAUUGCAACAGUUCCGAGAUCAAUACAGUGUUUUAGAUUACCUAAUUCGACAAUGGAAGACAUCAAUAUUGAAAAUUUCCCAGUUCAGGUCCGGCAGUGAAGAUUUAUAUGAGUCAUUGAAUCAGCAACAUUACAACUGUAUUCAAAAACUCAACGAAAAUCGUGAAAAAAUUGAAGAAUGUUUGCGACUCUGGCGAAAUUUCAAAUCAUUACGAACGACAUUACAAGAAGCGACAGCAAACAUUGAAGCAGAAAAACAUAAUCUUCAAAUGGAAUACAUAAACAUAAAAGAGCUUCCAAAACUGAUUACUAAAGUGGAUAGCUUGCAAGCACGAUUCUCUGAGCUAGAAGGCGAUCUCAUCAAAAUGAACCGAGUGGUGGCUCAGUUGACAUCAAGCCUACCGGAGGAAGAAAUAAAUGCAGAAAUAAAAAGUGAACAAAGCAGUACGACAUUAAGGAUAUCAAAGCUUGCGGAAAACGUGAACACAUGGAGAAUAUUCCUGAUGGGUGUGUCGGAGUUGCAAAGUGACUUCAAAACUCAAUGCAAUCACAUCAAGGACAAUUUACUUGAACUGGAGCAGUGCUUAUGCAAUUUACAACGUGAUAACCCAGUAACCUCACAACAUCAUUUAAACAUGCUGAAAAAUGAAAAAUUACGUUUGGUAUGUGUUAAAGAAGAUUUGAUGAGGAUCAAUGGUGUAAAAGAGAAAUUGCAGUAUUGUAUUAGUCCUUUCGAUGCAAAGCAUAUACACAAGAAAGUUACCAGUCUGUGGCAACUUUUCGAAAAACAAGAGAACACUAUUUCAAUGCUACUCAAACAAAUGGAGGAUAGAACACAUAAUCGAAAAUUGUUCUUAAAUCAUUAUAAUCUACUUAUGGAAUGGAUUUGCCAGUUUGAAAAGCGUCUCAAUGAUUCUAAUAAAUAUGAAAUGUGUGAAGAGGAUGCAAACUUUAUCAAAUCCAUCGAGGAUAUGCUGUUACAAGAAGUAUCUUGUAAAGAAUCUGAAGUAGUUUGGUUUAACGCGAUCGGUAAUGAUUUAAUGAAAGCGUUACCACCUGGCGAUAUACAAAUGGAAAUAAGUUCUAAACAUGGAAUUUUGAACGAAGCAUGGUCUAAGCUUAUAAGGCAUUGUCAAGAUCGAAGACAAAAAAUAUCUGAGGUUAGUUCGACCGCUAUUUUAUUGGAGCAGAGAAUCAAUGAAAUUAAAAUAUGGAUGACAGAGACUGAAUGGGAAUUGAAACAACCACUAAUAUUCGAAAACAUUGAAAAAGGCUGCCUUGAUAAGCUCCUGGAUGAUUAUGAAAAGUUACAGCGUUCGAUUGAAGGUAAUAGUGGAAACAUUGCAGAGAUACUGAACCUAUGUGAAAUGUUAUUCACGGAUGUGGAAUCAUGGAACGUACAUAUUGAUCGCAAGUAUAUAAGCCAGACUGUCAAAAGUUUGGAAAUAAGGUGGAAGCACAUUUGCAUAGAUACAAGCAAACGAAAGCAGGAUUUACUGACAAUUUGGAGCAUGUUGGUUGAAUUGCAAAGCAUAUCAGAUUCCCAUCAAAGUUGGAUUGAUCAAACAACCGAAUUCUUGGAUGACAUACAAAAUCAAACCAAUAAUGCGAAAGACCAUGAAAAUCUUUGUGACAUAUUGCAGAAACUAUCCACAAAAUAUGCUGAUAUAUUAACGCAAGAAUCGAUUCUACAAAUACUAAGGAAAUUGUAUAUUUCUUUAAAUAAACACGACCGCGUUGAAAGGUCUAACAUGCACAACAUCACAAUGACAGCUAAACACUUGCUCGUGACAUGGGAAAAGAUGCUCUGGAAAUUUAACUCCGCCAAAACACGCAUAGAAGAGCUCAGUAACUUAUAUGCUUCAUUCAAUAGAGAAUACGAAAACAUAAUUGUAUCAUUAACGCAAAUUGAUGUUAAAGUCACCAACAUUAAACACCUACAAGAAGAAACAGAUGUCCAAACACCGGAAACCAAAUUGAAAUGUCUUCGGGAUUUGCAUAAUGAACUAAAAUAUGUGAUUAAUCUUUUUGACGCGCAAGAUGAACUUGGUAGUUCUCUGAUUGAGUUAUUGCCUGAUAAAAGUGUAAUGUCCGAAGAAGUUCAAAAUCGGAUCGUGGAAUAUCACCAAUUAGCAAACAACAUAAAACUAACUCUAGAUUCAUUGUUGGAUCAAACAAACUAUGGACAUACUGAAAAGGCUGAAAGAGAUUAUGCUGUACAAGUUGACACGCUAUCACCUUUAUCGUUAACUGCCAAGGAUGCUUAUCUCUAUCAAUUGCGAACUGCUAUAACAGAAGCAAAAUCAAAUCUAGCAUUACUUAAAUCCUCGAUUUCGGAAAUAAAUGCUAGUAACUUCAUGACAUCUACGCAAACGAUCUCAAAAGCAUCCGCCGCCUGCGAGUCUUCUAUCGAGCUAAUUAAACAUCUAAAUGCACUUCUCACAUCAGAGUGCAAUUGCAGCGAAGAAGAAGCUAUGAGUAGCUCAAUUAAGCAGGAAUCGGAUAAAUAUGCUCUUUAUUUAUCCGAAUGGCACACAAAACAGCAAAAACUUGAAGAACUGAGACCGUUUCCUGCUGCUUACAACAUCAUAUGCUUACACAACGACGAUUAUUUGACAUGCCCAUUAUGUACAAAUAGAAACUGGCAACAGAUCGACAAUGAUCUUUGGCGACUCGAACAAUGGUUGUCAAUGGCUGAGGCAUCGCAAAGAUCACAACAUACUCAGCCAUCAAACGAUAUUGAUACCCUAGAAGAUGCCAUACAAGAUCAUCGAGAGUUUCUACUAGAUCUGGAUAGUCAUAAAAGUAUAAUCAAGUCUUUGAACAUCGUUGGAGAGCAUCUGGCUACUCACACACUAGAUACUGAAAAGGCUGUAAAACUAAGAGAACGUCUGCAAAACAACAAUAUGCGCUGGGACAAAGUAUGCAAUCAAGCAUCCCAUUGGCAAGCGCUGCUCCACAGAACUUUGAUGGAAAACAAAGAAUUUCACCGAACUGUGACGGAGCUCAGUAUAUGGCUGGAGCAAACAGAAAACAAAAUAAAAACGUCGGAACCGAUUGAUUUGACGAUGGACAAGGCUGUGAUUGAGAGGAAAUUUAAGAUUUUCAUGGAACUAAGAAACGAUUUAGUGCGAUGUGAGCCACGUAUCGUCAGCUUGCAAGAGACUACAUCGCAGUUGACGAAAUACUUGGAUGGGAGCACGUCUCAAAAAUUCAAUGAAAUAUACGCCAAGUUAACAGAUUUGAGGUUAAGGUUCCAUUCGAUUCGUAGGUUAGUAGAGGUGUAUACAGUGAAAAUUGCUGCAGCGAUUGGUACUGAUAGACUAUUAGACACGAUCACAAUUGGAGCUGAUAGCACACAGGGGAAUCAAGAGAGUAGCGGAUCGUUCUCACAAGUAGCAGCACAUGAUGCAAAUGCACGGAAUGCAGACGACGGGGAUCACAUAAAUACAACAGUAUUGACCAGAAGCUAUCGAUUCUUGGGCCGCGUACUACGCGCAUCUCUUCCCAUACAAGCAAUGCUGUUACUACUGCUAGGUGUUGCUACUUUAAUGCCCCAUGGUGAAGAUUAUUCAUGUUCGUUUACCAACAACUUUGCUAGAAGCCUCGAGCCAAUGCUCCGCUAUCCAAAUGGCCCACCACCAAUAUAGGAUUAUCACGUGCAAUAUACUCCAGUAUCAUAACCAUAUAGGAUACGCAACUGAAUAAAAGUUACCAUCAGGCACUUGUCACUCUUUUUAUAUAAUUACCAUACCUGUAUUUUAAAAGGCAAGCUAAAAAGAAUAGAAUAUAUUGUUAUUCCAUCCAAAAUAAAGUACUAAUGAUUGAAAAACAUAACGAUCUAAAUAAAAAUCUUGAAGCAAGAUUCAACAGAAUAA